UGCUUUUUUUCCUAAUCAAGUUUAAUCAAAUAUCGUUUCCGGUUAGCAUGGAUGCCUACGAUUUGUUUCGAAAAUUAGGUUCUGGAGCAAAAUUUGACUUCAAACGAUUUAGAUCUGAUGCAGAGAAACUACAUUUAGUGAAGUCCAAAGUGCAACUGCCAGUACAAAAUGUGACAGAGCAUUCUACAGAGAAGAUAAAUGAUCAAGAAAACAUAAAGAAUGAUGAGCCUGACUCUGAUCAAGACUCUAGUGAAUCUGAUUCAGGGUCCUCUCAGACUUCCAGCGACACUGAUGAAGAUUCUAAGUCUGGUUCCAGUUCUGAAGAUGAGGUUGAACUACAAUUACUUGGUAAUAUAAGGUCAAAGGGUGAUGAGGAAGGAAACAACUGGCAGGAAGAGAGAAAGAGAAGAAAACAGAAGAGAAAGAAUGUUGACAAAGCAAAAAAGUUGGCUGAAUUAAAACAGGAACAGAUAAAUCAUGUACGAAACAUAAACCGUGUUCAUGCAUAUGGCACAGAUAUCCCUGAGCCUGUGGAGACGUUUGAGGAGCUGAAAGCCAAAUACAAUAUUCAUUCUCGUCUGAUACAGAAUAUUGAAGCUGUGGGAUAUAAAUCACCUACGCCUAUACAGAUUCAGGCUAUACCAGUCAUGUUACAUAGGAGAGAGUUGAUGGCUUGUGCCCCAACUGGUUCUGGUAAAACUGCUGCAUUCAUUAUACCCAUAUUGCAUCAUCUGCGGGAACCAAGAAAUGAGGGGAUACGAGGACUUGUUCUUGCACCAACGAGAGAAUUAGCAAAACAGACAUUCCGUGAGUUCCAGCGCCUGUCCGAUGGUAUAGGUUUUAGGAUACAGUACAUUGACAAGACUGGUAGUGAUAUGAAAAAAAUCAAAAAAGCUACAAAGAAAUGUGAUAUUCUGGUGUCUACUCCAAACAGACUGAUCUACUUACUGAAACAACAACCUCCAGUUAUAUCACUCACAAGUGUACAGUGGUUGGUAGUUGAUGAAUCAGACAAACUGUUCGAAGAGGGAAAAACAGGCUUCAGGGGUCAGCUUGCUGCUAUAUACAAGUCAUGUGAUGGAACCAACCUUAGAAGAGCAAUGUUCAGUGCUACAUUUGCUUAUGAUGUAGAAGAAUGGUGUAAACUUAACCUAGAUAAUGUCAUACAGGUGUAUGUUGGAGCAAGGAACUCGGCAACAAAGACGAUAGAGCAGUCACUAUUAUUUUGUGGUGCUGAAUCGGGCAAACUUAUAGCUAUCAGAGAUAUUAUCAGAAAGGGUAUACAGCCUCCUGUGUUGGUGUUUGUGCAGUCAAAGGAAAGAGCGAAGGAAUUGUUCCAUGAACUUAUCUACGAUGGUAUGAAUGUGGAUGUCAUACAUGCAGAUAGAACACAGUUGCAGAGAGACAAUGUAAUAAAAAGUUUCCGAGCAGGAAAGAUCUGGAUUUUAAUUUGCACGGAGUUGAUGGGUCGUGGUAUUGAUUUUAAAGGUGUGAAUCUCGUAAUUAAUUACGAUUUCCCGAACAGUGCAAUCAGUUACAUCCACAGAAUUGGUAGAACAGGUCGGGCAGGUCGAUCAGGGAAAGCUGUUACUUUUUUCACAGAGGAUGAUGCAGUCUAUUUAAGAAGUAUAGCCAAUGUAAUGAGAACUGCUGGGUGCCCUGUGCCUGACUACAUGCUUAAAAUCAACCAACCAUCAAGACAAGAUAGAAAGAAAUUGUCAAAAGCAGCUAUAAAGAGGAAAAAAAUUUCCACUGUGACCAAAUACGACCUGCAGAAGAAUAAACAUAAAAGGAGAAUUAUACACGAUUCAAAGAAGAAGAAAUAUGGUUCACAAGAGGCAGCAGGACCUAACAAAAACAAUAAUUUAAACAGUGAUGGACAGACAGUAAAACUUGGAAAACGAAAACAUUUGGACAGUGACAAUAGUGAUGUGAAGAAAAGAAAAUUUGAAAAGAAACAAAACUUUGUCAAAUCAAUUCAAAUGAAAUUUAAGGGUAAACGGCCAGGACAUUUAGGACAUGGAAAACACCAGAAAGGAAAAUCAGGAAAUAAAGGGAAAGGACAUGAUAAACAGAAAAAGAAGAAAACACCAACUGAAUGAGAGAACAUUGUGAAAUGUUUUGUUAAUGAGUUUAAAUAGUCUUGUUUUUGAGAUUCUAGAUCAUUUGAAACAAAAGAAAUAAUGAAUACAAAUUGACUGAGGGAAUUCACUUUUUGAUAGAAGUGAAACAUUGCAGAUGAUUUCUUUAAGCUGUGUGACUUUGGCCAAAUUCUCUGAAAAAAAAAGAUCAUGAAAAGGCCAAAAUGGUUAUAGGAAAAGUUUAAAUCUUCAGGUGCUUGAAAGGUUUUUUUUUUUAAACCGUAUUCUUCAAAAAAAAAAACAUUGAAGAAUUUUGUACUUUCCUCCCACUCAGUUUACUGUCAACAGUUCUGGCAGAAUCGCCCAUACAGGUUUCUGGCUUUGAAUUAGUCUAAAUACACAAAUUUUAUCAUUUACGUAUAGGUUAGUGUUUAUUAGUAAACAUUUAUCAAAUUAAGUCGGUCUGGCGCGGUGCAGUCAAAUGUGCUCCAUUAUUGUUUUAUAACAAGUAUAACAAAUUACUUUAACACUGUCAUAAGGCUGAAUUUCUACCAUUUUUAUGCCCCCACACAUUUAUGUGAGGUGCAUAUAGGGUUGCUGCUGUCCAUAUGUCCCAAAGUCUUGUGUUUCCAACUUACCCCACACUGUUAGCUGGAUUUCUUCAAACUUUCACAGAUGAACAACCUUGAUGUGCAAAUGACUAUAAAGGAAGGAAUUUUUUCUGUGACUAUUUUUACCGCAGUAAUAGGUCUCUGAUAGCUUUGCUGUAUAGAAUAUAGACAGAAAUCUUGUGGGUCCAUCUCUGAAAACACUAUUGAAAGGAUAUGCUUCACAUUUGAAGGACAUUUAUGUGAAGAAAACAUUUUGUAGCAGUGCAUAAUUUUAGUUUGUCCACAGUCAUUCAUCCACUCUAUCUUUCUUGUUUGGAUGUAAUUGUUAGAAAACAAACAUUUUUUAGUUAAUCAAGAAUGGAAGUGACUUUGUGGUACAUCAGUGACAUUAAAGUGAAGAUAGUUUGUUGCAACUCUGUCGAAAAAAUCUUCAGCUGAUACAAAAAAAUGAAAUUCUGUUCCCACAUAUGUACAUCAUAAGAAUCACAAAUAAGAUGCCAGUAAAAUUUAAUGUAAAAAUGGAGAAAACUUUUGUGUUCUUCCCGCACGUUUAGGCAUUUGAAACGAUUCCCAAAUGUGCCAAUCUUAGACAACAAAUAGUUACUUAAUUUCUGUAUUUGCAUGUGAAAGGUGUAUUACUACUCGGCAUGUUACUGCUAUCGUCUGCUACAAACUUGUUAUUAACUGGUUUUUAUUGCUUGAUUAAAUUCUUGGAAUUCCUCAGGAGAAAUAAAAAUCUUUACGAAG